GCAUAAUAACGUCGUAUAAAAGCGCCAGAUAUUUAACGAUUCGACAGACAAGUCCCAGUAUUAGUAGUGAAUACUGUGUUAAGCCUAGACACAAUAGGAAAAUGUUUGCCAAGGUAAUUCUUGCGUGCACAUUGAUAAGUAUAGCGUGUGGUGGUCUUAUUAGCCCGCAUGGCGCUAUCUCAUCGCAGAGUAUCGUUUUGGGUCCCUCCGCUUACGGGGCGCCUGCUUACGCCGCACCAUAUGCUGCAUCUGCAUACGCUGCGCCCGCGUUAGGGCUGGGAUUAGGUCGCAGCGCAUUACUGGCGCACGCGCCCGUUCUGAGAGCACCCAUUGCACACGCCGCCCCUGUUGAAGUUUAUUCGUAUCCUCGCUACACAUUCAACUACGGUGUGACAGAUGGCCAUACUGGUGACCAGAAGAGUCAGUGGGAGUCCCGUGACGGUGACGUUGUAAAAGGACAAUACUCGCUGGUCGAACCUGAUGGCACCGUCCGCACAGUCGACUAUUCCGCUGAUGAUCACAAUGGAUUCAAUGCUGUAGUAAACAGACAAGGUCCAGCGGGUCAUCCAGCUAUCGCUGCUCCAGUAGUUGCCGCACCAGCCAUUGGCCAUGGACAUAUUUUAGGCUAACUACAUACCUAAUGAAAAAUUCUAACACAAUACGACGAAACCUAUUUAUUAAAAUAAAUAAUAUAAGUUAGGACAGAAUAUGACAACGAGUGAUAGCAAUUAUUGUAAUCAAGUCGGGCCUUUGUAUGUUGCACCUUUGUGAAGAUAAGAAAAACCGAUAGUUCUAUGAAAUGAUUUAUUAGAGAAAUAAAAAUAGAUAUUUAGUACAUUUCAUAAAAUAAUUUCAACGUCUUCUAAAUUAAUUCACUUAUAAUUUUAAAUACAUAUAUUACUUGUAGCAUCUUCAUUGUAUCGUAACUAUUGUAUUGUGUUUUUUUUCUAAAUGUAAAUAUUUUCGUAACUGAACUUUGAUACGUAUUUUAUGAAAAGUAUUAUAAAGAAUGUAGCAACGUUGAAUUGUUGGAUCGUUUCAGUUUGUGACUGAUUGUGUAAAUAAUAAAAUGGCUUUUCAUUUAAUAAAUUAUUUUAUUUU